UUGUCACGUUUUAAGAGAGAGAAAAUGUUUUUCUCUUUGGAUAAAGUUUUUCUGUAAUUUAGGAGGAAAGAAAAUCUUUCCGCAACGCAACGCAACGCAACGCAUACUCCUCAAAAAGCGCUGAGGAAGAGAGAUUAUGUGUUUUCAUUUGGAUAAAGUUUUAGAUAGUCUUUCGUUUUAGAGAGUGGAUAAAGAUUUAUCAAAUUUUGUUCAGAGAAAAUGUGCUUCAUUUUUGGAUAAAAAUAUUUGAAAAGCUUAUAAAUAAUAAACCAGCCCCACCGAACGUGCCCUUUUACCCUUUCUUUCUCUCUCUCUCUCUCAAAUUUGGCGUCUCUUUUUCAACUCCUUUUCAUUUUCUCUUUCUCCACUCCUCUUCCUUGUUAUUUAACCAGACAUAUUCUAUUCCAAUCUCCGUUUUUCCAUGUUUGUGUUUUCAAGGCGUCUAAGGUUUUGCAGAGAUAUUAGGUCCUUUUUCAUUCGGUUUUUUCUUUGUUCUUGGUUUUGGGGCUUUUUAGGAUUUUCUGUUAUAGAGCAUUUGCAAAUCUUCACCCAUGGCCGAAGCUUUAGGGGGGUGUCUUAGGAUUCACGGCUCCACCCCAAAUCGGUUGAAGGAUACAAACCAUUACAGGCUUCCUCUGCGGAGGUCUCUGAGUUUUUCUUCGUUUAAAACCGAGUUCUCUGGGCGUUCUUUGGACAUCUCUUAUCAGGCAGUUUCGGAGCGAUGGGUUUUCAAAAACCCUGCAAAAAACUUCACCAUUCAGGCUCAGGCAUCGUUUUGUGUGAGCAAAGCUCUGAGAUGGUGGGAAAAGAGCCUGAAACCAAACAUGGCAGAGAUCAACUCAACUCAAGAGCUCGUUGAUUAUCUGCAAAAUGCAGGAAAUAAGCUUGUCAUCUUAGAUUUCUACUCUCCUAGUUGCGGAGGUUGCAGAGCGCUUCACCCCAAGAUCUGUCAAUUUGCUGAGAUGAACCCUGAUAUGUUGUUCUUUCAAGUGAACUAUGAAGAGCAUAAAGCGAUGUGUUAUAGCUUGAACAUCCACGUCCUCCCAUUCUUCCGAUUUUACAGAGGAGCUCAUGGCCGUCUCUGUAGUUUUAGCUGCACAAAUGCAACUAUAAAGAAAUUCAAGGAUGCAUUGGCUAAGCAUGGCACUGAUCGAUCUAGCUUAGGUCCAGCAAAAGGUUUGGAAGAUUCAGAACUCUUAAGCUUGGCUUCGAACAAAUCCCUCUCUUUUACUCCAUCCAUUUCCAUUACAAGUGGCCGAGAAAUCGAAUUGCCUGUGAAACUAUUGGAUAAUUCCAUUGUUUCAGAGGCCAUUGAAGGAGGAGAUCCUGCUUUUGCUAGCUUUACUUCUCAAAAGUAGCCUGAAUUCUAUUUUUAGCCUUCUUGUCGAAUAUUUUCCCUUUUUUUUGGUGUAAAUAUAUCUGGGCUGGUUAAGAAAACUGUCCAAAAGGCAAAAAAGCAGGCUUAGGUUUUUAGAUUAAAGCCUGCCUAUUUGGUAGAAGAUUGUAAGUGCUUAUUUUCUUGCUGAUUUCUAUCUAGUUUUUUUUUUUUCGUGAAUAUUUCUAUGUAGUUAAUUCUCUUUGUAGACUUUUAAUUUUUCCUUUUCUUUCGUUUAGUUUGUUUUUGCAAAAUUAGGUAAUACUUCUCCUUCUCUUGUCAAAAACAGGGUGUUCUAUCCUUCAAUAUAUUGUAUUGGAGUUUUUAGAGUAGUAGUGAGAAAAUUGGUGGAGUAUUGAUUAUUUUCUUUUUGGUGAAUGCAAUGGAUUCUUACUUUGUCAAAAGUGA